AAAUACCCCUGUUCGGAAAUAGUGUUUACUUUGGUCGAAGGGAGGGCUUAGGGGAAAGCAAAUCUAUAUAUUCGUCCACAGUUUCGUUACAUUAAACAGUUUUGGCAACAAGUGUGAAUGAGUCUUUGGAAGAAUGAGACUCUUAGUCUUUAUUGCCUGCCUCAGUCUUUGUUUUCUUCUCUCACAUGGAAGACAAGAGGAGAAGAAGGUCAAAAGGAAACGAUACGAUUAUACGCAGUUCAGUAACGACAACCUAAACAACAGAAGAAGCGACGACUGGUCAUUAAAACGCGAACUUUCCAGGCAAGAAUUGGGUAAUUAUAACCAGGAUACUCGACAACACAAAAAACACGAUCAACUUGAAGAAGAAUUCGACAUUCCUGUAAGUCGUCAGCAACAAAUAUUGGAACAUUCCCAACAUCAUCAUCACGAGAACUGCGAUCAUCCAUACGAAUUUAGUAAACAAAGUCAAGAUCAGGGAUCCGAAAUCCGAGCAGAAGACGAAGAAAAAGAACGAGAGGGAAUUGUCGAAAAGGAAUUUGAUAGUUCAAACGAGGAACAAGAGCACAAUCCCGAAAGGAUAGAAAAUUUUGAACUUCCAAAAGAACAGGAAGAAUCCAAAACAGAUACUGAACCACGACAGAAAAUCGAACAAGUCGAAAAUGACUUCGAAUUCACCAAAGAAAACUUAGAUCCAAAGUUCCGAAGUCAGCAAAACUCAAAGCCUGAAAAAUUGGAGAACGAAUAUGACAAUCAAAGAAUCCCAAGCAGACUAGAAGAUGACUACGCACAAUCCAAAAUCAAAACCGAAAGCGAAAUAAAAACAAAAAAGAUUAUUGAACAGCCCGAUGGAAUCGACCAAAAAGCGAAACUAUCUGACAAAAUGCUUGAACAACAAAAUAAGGAAGUCCUGCGAAAGCAAAAGCAAGGUUUCGAGAAAUUCGAACAAGAAUACCUGCUCCAAAAGAAAAACAAUCAAAAAACAGAAACUCAGAAAAUUGAACUAACAUCUUAUAAACUUCCCAAAGAAAACACAGAGGAGCUAAACAAGUUUGAUUACCUUAAAGACUACAAGUUCGAAGUCCCUAAGCAACUGGAAGACUUCGAGAACGAGCCGAAAUUUGAAUUUCGUAGAGUUGAGCAUGUAUAUGAAUCGCCUAUAGACAUAGAUAACUACGGUUUUCCUAAAAAGAUCAAAUUCGACGAAUUCCGUCUGGAAAUCCCAGAAGAGAAGAAGACUCACUUGAAAAAAAAUGAGCCAAACGAAUUAAGACCUCUUCAAAAUGGAUAUCUGGUAAUGGAGGAUCAACAUAAUGAAUUUCAGAAAUUUGCUCAACCUCAGUUUGGGGCAGUUAAGGAGAUGAAACAGUUGAAUGAGUUCCAAAAAUUUUCCGAGGAACAAUUCAGUGCAGUUAAAAAUCUAAAACCUGUUGCUCAAAAGUUGACCAAGGACAACUCAGACUUCUUAAAACAAAGUGCACCAAACACAUUCCAACAAGCGACUUCAACAGGGGCGUUUAAACAGGAGUCAUACGAAGAACAAAAGAAAGAGCAUAAAGGAGACAUUAUGCAUGAAACAAAACAAGAAUCAUUUAGGAAUGACGAAGGUCUUGGAAGUUACAAACAACAAUCCUCUAGGGAUGACGAAGGUUUAAGUAGUUAUAAACAGGAAGGUUUUAGAAACGACGAAGGUCUAAGUAGUUAUAAACAGGACUCCUCCAGGAAUGACGAAGGUCUAAGUAAUUAUAAAACUGAAUAUUCAGAUACGCUUUCAGAAAAUACGGAAAAAGAAGGUACCGCAGAAAUGUUGAGGCAAGAAGAACCAAGCCCACUGCUAGACAAAGCACCGGAAACUUUUAAACAGGAAACAAAAGAACCGCUCACCGGGGAUACUGAAAUGUCGAAACAAGAUACGUACAAGAAAUGUGAUUAUUCGUUCCCUGAAGAAAAGAAUACGUACAGAAAUGAAGAAACGAAAGAGGAGAACUCCAAAAUGGACCGAAAAAUUCAGCCGAUCAAAACAGAACAUAACACGCAAAAGCAAGAAGCAAAAAAACCUCUAAAAAAGCAUAAAACAAUCGCAGAAUGGCACUUCGAAAUACAACACUCCAAGCCAUCGCGUAACAUGCAGGAACAGCAAAAGGUUGAAAAGAGUUACCACUAUCACCUAGAACAGAAAAGCAAUGACGAUGGUCAUCACCAACAACAGAUGAAACAGAAUUCAAAGCAGCAAAAGCAUAGCAGUUAUAAUGAAGAACAUCAACAACAACAGCAUUACGAGCACGAUCAAGAGAAUGGAAAUCAUAAAGACCAACAAAGACUGCACCAACAACAGGAAGAGGAACGAUUUGAAGAGCAAGAAGACCGGGAAGAGUACAAAAGUGACAAACAACAACAUCAGAGUCAAAAACAACAUUACCAGACUCAAAAACAGCAGCACCAAAACCAAAAACAGCACCAACAGAGGCAAAAACAACAUCAAGAGCAGCAGCAACAACAGCAUAGGUACGAACACAAUUUGCAGCAUUUUCAGAAACAACAGAUUCGUAAAGAGCAGAGCCAUCACUUCCAAAAGCAGCAGCAGCAUGCCAAACAAACGAAACAAAGUCAUACAUCCCAUUACCACAGAACAGAACAACAGCAACACCACCACCAGAAACAUCAACAAAGACAGCAAACUCAUCAUCGAAGUCACCAAAGACAAAGACAACACGACCAACACUACGACCAUCAUCAAGGACAGCGACACCAGCAAAGUAGCGGCAGGAAAACGCAAAAGAAGCAGCGGAUCGUGAAAAUAGAGAAGGAAGUGAAGGUGCCAUACAAAGUAGAAAAGAUAAUACAAGUACCCGUAGAAAAGAGGGUCCCUUACCCGGUCAGGGUGGAAGUACCUCAACCAUACCCCGUUAUAAAAAAUGUUCCGCACCACGUCAAAGUUGAAGUGAAGGUACCAGUAGCCGUUCCCGAACCGUAUCCAGUGGAAAGGAUAGUCAAUGUUCCUGUACCUGUUAAGGAAGAUAAACCUUUUCCCGUCGAAGUUAAAGUACCGCAACCGUAUCCAGUGGUGAAGGAAGUCAAAGUACCGUACGAGGUGAAAGUUCCAUACAGGUAUCCGGUUGAGAAGAAAGUUUCACACCCAGUUAGAGUCGAGGUCAAAGUACCGAAACCGUAUCCGGUAGAGAAAAUAGUACGAGUGCCUGUCAAGGUGGAAGUGGAAAGGCCUGUACCGUACGCGGUAUACAAACCGUAUCCGGUAAACGUUGAAAAGAAAGUUGGUGUCCCAUAUUCGGUUGAAAAACCUUACCCUGUGAAGUUGCAUUAUGACAGGCCGGUUUUGAUACCAGUAGAGAAAAAAAUACCGUACAAAAUAGAAGUGCCUGUGUCUAAACCGUAUCCGAUCGAGAAGAAAAUCGAAGUACCAGUUUACAAAGAUGUCAAGUAUCCCGUAAAGAUCCCAACUGAAAAACUGGUUCCGUACGAAGUGGUUAAACAUAAACCCAUCGUUUACGAGAAGAAGCUCCCGUAUCUGGUCCAAGAAAACCACAACGAGGGUUUCAAGCACCAUCAUCAAAUGAGUUUUCAGCCAACUCGUAGGUUUGACUUUUUGAAAGAAGACUGGAAAUGGUGACCGUCGAUGGUACCCAAUCAACUGUUAGAUUUUUAUUUUAUUUUCAUUUUUAAUUAGUCAAUCAGUACAAGUUCAUAUAGUACACGUACAUAACGUUACUGUGUAUAAUAAAUAAUUAUUGUUAUUUGUACAUA